GGUUGAUGGCGUUGGAUUUCUCGGAAUUGCCACCAUGGAUCUUCUGUUCCAGAUUGAACCUGAUCUUAUAUAUUUCUGACUUCACGCAUUGAUUCCCGGCGGUGUUGAUCAAAUAGUCUUUCUCGCUGUGCCUCUACGCUGCGAUUAUAUAUAGCAACCCCAACCAACCGACAUCAUGGCUAAUUCAAAUACGAACGCAUACUCGCCCGUCCGCGAAGCAGGUCGCAUUUUCUCCCUGCUUUGCGAUCAGUCAGAGCGCUUGAGUCUACCGGCGGAGGUCUCCCAAGCCAGAAACGCUGUCUCGUUCAAUUCGUCGUACGACCAAAUCUACUUCCCGAUUCCGUUCAAGGAGACAGAGACCCUUGCGGCGCUGAAGGGCGUAGAGGGCGCCGUGGCCGCCGCGCUCGCGAACUUGCGCUACGGGUCGGCUUCCCCGCCGCGCAAGGUCAGCAUUAACUUGGAGCGGGCGACGGCAUUUGGCUGCCAGGUGUAUAUGGCGAAGGUGGAUGGCCUGUCCAAGCUAGAUCCUGAGGUGAAGAAGAAGUUGAAAGAUACGGAUUUGCUGGCGGCCCAGUCUAAUGGUUAUCGGCGGAUGUCUGCCAACUUGUACAAGACUAAGAACGAGGAAGAGUACUUCCAUAUUCACGGGUCCCUGGAGGCUACUACGACGCUGAACAUGAUCGGCUUGGAGGGGCACCGGCCCGAUCUGACGGACUACGAGGAGAUCAUCAAGGUGAUUGAGAGCCAUGUGCAGCGGUACAGCGCCGCUGAACUGGAGGCGAUGAACAAGGAUCGGAGACAGGCCGGCGUGACGGCAUACAAGCAUGAAGACUUUAUCCAGACCCCGCAUGGGAAACUGAACGUGCAGGAGCCUCCGUGGAAGGUAUCCCGUCUGGACGGCGAUGCCCCGCCCACGCCCUUUCCGGCUCGUCGUGACGGGAGCACCAGAAUACUGGAAGGGGUUAAGGUCCUAGAGCUGUGCCGCAUCAUCGCCGGUCCCACCGUCGCACGCAUUUUGGCCGAGUACGGUGCCGACGUGCUGAAGAUCACCAGCCCGCAUCUGUCCGACGUGCCCUUCUUCCAGGUCGACGGCAACAUGGGCAAGCAUGCAACCGACCUGGACCUCAAAACGGAGGAAGGACGUCGCCAAUUCGAGGAGCUCGUAGCGGACGCUGAUGUAGUCGUGGACGGCUACCGACCCGGCGCACUCGAGAAGCUCGGCUACGGGCCGCAGGCGCUCGCAGCGAUGGCCGAGAAACGCGGAAAGGGCAUCGUGUACGUGUCGGAAGAUUGCUUUGGCUACGAAGGCGAGUGGGCAGGCCGACCCGGCUGGCAGCAGAUUGCAGAUUGCGUGACAGGUAUAGCCUGGGCCCAAGGCCAAUUCAUGGGCCUUUCCAACCCAGUGGUCCCCCCAUUUCCCAUCUCCGACUACGGCACCGGGUGCAUGGGCGCAAUCGCCGCUCUAAGCGGACUCUACCACCGCGCCACAACGGGCGGCUCCUACCACGGCAAGGCAUCGCUAAUGCACUACGAUCUACUGCUCUUCGCCGUGGGCGCCUACCCUGCGGAGGUGCAAGAGACGAUGCGCGCAGCGCAACCGGCGGAGUUUUUCGGUCUGCGUCACUGCGACAGCGUGGAUCGCAUCUCGUCGACGGUGCUGCGGGCGAUGCAAAGGCGGUUUCCGCAUCUUUAUCAGGCAGAUGUGCUGACGGAGCGGUGGCACUCCAAGGCGUAUGAUGCGGAGAUCGAGGUCGUGCGGCCGGUUGCGGAGAUUGAGGGCGUUGAUAACCGGUUUGUGCGGGGGAGUCGACCGAAUGGGGUGGAUGAGGCGAGUUGGAGGUUUGAUGGGGGGGAGGAUCGUAGGUUGAGCUAGGCUGUACUGUGUUGAGAGGCAUCAGUGGCAC